GACACAAAACAUAUUGUACUGGUGAGUUUGAAUGUACUGCUUUAUAGUGCAACAUCAUGGAACUGUACAAAGCUAUUUUUCUUCUAGGCUUCUUUUUCUCUGGAGUCAGAGCUGGUGUCCUGGAUGAGUAUGGAAAAACAGAGGGCGCAUGGAUUCUCUCUUUGAUGAAGAGGGUGCACUCUGCACGCACAGACAUAGAAUGUGCCAUCAAGUGUAACUAUGAAACUGCUUUUACAUGCAGGUCGUUUAUGUACAUUGAAAAGGAUCAAGAAUGUAUCACAUUACCAGCAAACUCCAAAACAGAGACUGUUCUGAGAAGAACCAGCGCAGCCCUUUAUGAAAGAAAAAAGUACUUGUUGGAGUGUGUGAAUGGAAUAGGUAUGGACUACAGAGGAACCAAAUCUAAAACUAAAUCAGGGAAGAGUUGCCAAAACUGGGACUCUAGAUUUCCACACAAGCCUAACAUAACUCCGGCAUCACACCCCAAAGCUGACCUGGAGUCCAACUUCUGCAGAAACCCUGAUAAGGAAAGCAGUGGGCCCUGGUGCUACACCACAGACCCUGACACCAGAUGGGAGUCGUGUGGCGUCCAGGACUGUAGUGAGGAAUGUAUACACUGCAGUGGCGAGAACUACAGGGGAAAUAUAUCAACCACCGAGGGUGGUUUGAACUGUCAGCAUUGGGAUUCCCAGAAACCUCACAACCACGGCUAUAGUCCCAGCGCUCUUCCUGAGAAGUUCCUGGAGGAGAAUUUCUGCAGGAACCCGGAUGGGGAUCCCAGACCGUGGUGUUUCACAACCAGCCCCUCCAAACGCUGGGACUUCUGCUCCAUCCCUCGCUGCACCUCCGAUCCUCCCAAGGUGGUGGAGGAGCUCGUCUGUGCUACAGGCGACGGUGGUGCAUACAGGGGAACCAUCUCCGUGACAACAUCUGGGAAAACGUGUCAGGUCUGGGCAGCUCAGACGCCGCAAAAGCACAACAGAACGCCAGACAACUACCCAUGCAAAGGACUCGAGAAGAACUACUGCAGGAACCCAGAUAACGAGAGGAUGCCCUGGUGCUACACCACAGACCCAGAGACACGCUGGGAGUACUGCAAGGUGCCCAGCUGUGGAGAUGUUCCCGGACCAGCUGACGCAAAUCCUGCUCCAGCUGAGGAAGACUGCUAUGUGAGCAACGGGUCUGACUAUCGUGGCAUGGUGACAGAGACCAUAAGUGGCAAGAAAUGCCAGGCCUGGAGCUCAAUGACACCUCACAGCCACAAGAAGACACCUCAGGCAUUCCCUACAGCCGACUUGAGAAGAAACCUGUGCAGGAACCCUGAUGGUGACCGUGCUCCCUGGUGUUACACCACUGACCCCCAAGUCCGUUGGGAGUACUGCGCUGUGGACAAAUGCCCAACAGCUUCCAACCCUACAACUAAGCCUAACCAGCCCGAUCCAGCACCCACCCAGAAACCCUCAGACAGUGACAUUGAUUGUAAGCUCGGAAAUGGGGCAACAUACAGGGGUCCCACUUCAAUGACCAUGACAGGGGUUACUUGCCAGCGAUGGAGUGCCCAGAGCCCCCAUGCGCACACCAGUUUCACCCCUGAAUCCCACCCUGACAAAGGGCUGGAUUCCAAUAACUGCAGAAAUCCCGACGGUGACGUCAAUGGACCGUGGUGUUACACUACAGACAGGAACAAGAAGUGGGACUACUGCCAAAUCCCAGAUUGCGCGGGCGUAAAAUGUGGCCAGCCAGAAACAAAGCCCAAGAGGUGUUUCGGUCGCAUUGUUGGAGGCUGCGUCUCUAAACCGUACUCAUGGCCCUGGCAGAUCAGCCUGAGAACCAACACGGGCAUUCAUUUCUGUGGAGGAACUCUGAUUGCCCCUCAGUGGGUCCUCACCGCCGCCCACUGCCUGGAAAGAUCGAAAAGACCAUCUGCCUAUAAGGUGUUGCUGGGAAUCUACACUGAAAGGGGAAAUGAGGCAUCCAAACAGGAGCGUAAUCUCGCUAAACUGAUCGAGGCACCCGGCGGGAAAGACAUUGCGCUACUGAAGCUUGAGACCCCUGCGCUCAUUAAUGACAAGGUUUUACCAGCAUGCUUACCUGAGAAGGAUUACGUUGUACCCCCUGGAACAGAGUGCUAUGUGACCGGAUGGGGAGAGACACAAGGAACCGGCGGAGAUGGGGUUCUCAAGGAAACAGGCUUCCCUGUUAUCGAAAAUAAAGUGUGCAAUCGUCCCGCAUACCUGAACAACAGAGUCAGGGACUAUGAGAUGUGUGCCGGGAACAUUGAAGGAGGAACAGACAGCUGCCAGGGCGACAGUGGUGGCCCACUAGUGUGUCACACCCAGAACUCAUUUGUCCUCCAGGGAGUGACAUCCUGGGGUCUGGGCUGUGCCAACGCCAUGAAGCCAGGGGUCUACGCAAGAGUAUCACAAUUUAUAGAUUGGAUUGAGAAUCAGAUUAAGAUUAAUUCUUAAAAAUCCUACAGUACCUCCAUAAUUUCCUCAAAUUGAAAGGCUCAUCCUUUCAUUUAGAAAACAAAACAAUUGAACAAAUAAGCAAUGGAGUUAUACUGUGGAAAAAUGAUUUUCGAGAAGAUGUUAAAUAUGUUGAAAAAGUA